ACCAGAGAUAUUUUGAGUGGAAGAGCACACUUGCAAUUCUGGCCAAAUUCCUAGUAAAAUUUGCACAGCUGCCCAAAAUGUUGCCUUUUUUUUCUGUACAAAACCUCACAUCAUUUUUGUAAUUGUAUUUUACACUCCAAAUUGGAAACUGUGAGAAUAAGCAUGGCACCAACUACUUAAAAUUGAAUUGAUUCAGGAUACCAAAAUAAGGGGCACUGUCUGAAAGUUUUGACUGACUUUUUUUCAGACUUCUUCCUAUGCUUGUCUUUUUCGUUUGAUUUGUUUUCUCUUUAUGUUUAUUCUCCUGCUCCUCUGCACUUUAUCUUGAUAAAAGGGACUGAUUUAAAAAAAAAUAAUCAGGUGUUCCAGUGCUGUUCUGUUUAAACUUUAUUCAAGGAUAUAGAAUACACAUCAUAGGAAGACUGCAUUUUUCCCAGGGGGAAUCUCUGUAUAGUAAAGAAUACAUUCUCUGUAGCAUUUGAAGUUCUUAUUAUGCCUCCUGUUUUAUUGCUCUUUCCAUCUCCAAUUCUCCAGAUACUUUCUCUGUUUUCCAUAUAUACUAGAAAUAAUAAUGCCAAAUAAUGCCAAAAUCUUACUUAAUUUUCUAAUAUAAGCCAAAAAGGAAUUUUCCCUCCUCCAUUCUUGGAAGCAACAGCUGCUGAAUGAGUUCAUAGCAUGCCUACACUCACCCAAUACACUGUACAGUCUGAUUUACCAUUCCUUCAUUACCAUCUUUCUGAGUCAGACUUUCCAUGAAAGACUGGCUGUUUACAAUUGUUAUUUGUUUGCACUAACUUAAAAUAGCAUACCACUAGGACUCUUUAGGCAUCUGAUAUUAACCUGAUUUUACUGACAAUCUAAGCACAGGAGGUUAAGGUAAGAAGUGCUGGUCUCAAAGAGCAGUUCUGACAUUGGCUGUAACUUUUUGUUUUGGGUUUUCAUAUUCUAAAUGGCAUUAACAAUUUCAAGGUGCAAAACUAGCUUCCAGCAUUAGGGCUCAUUGACUGGUAUUUAUUCCAUGGUUUGGUAAAAAGGUAUUUUUCUGAAUCAAAUGAUCUCUUCUAAAUGAUCUCUUGGGGUACCCAUGAGAGUUAUGUGACAAUGAACUAUAUAAUGUCAGAAUCACAGUGAUUUUAUUCACUUCUUUUCAGGUAUCUUCUUCAAGUAUGGAAUUUGUAUGGAAACGAUUGUGGUGUCUUCAGCUGGGCUGUAUGUUAUUAGUGAAUUUGGUUCAUGCCAAUCUAGAGUAUCAAAAAGAAACUCCUCCAAGCCUUCGUGAGAUUGACCAUCAGUGCUGGGAGGUAUCGUCCCAUGGGCUGGUGGAAAUGAAGAAACUCAAGGUAGCAGAUACAGUCAUUGCUCUCUGGGACUUCAUGAUGUUCCUAAAGGAAUCCCCUAAGCCCAAGCACAAUGAUCUCUUCAAUGAUUUAGCCCAGAACUUCUGGGACAUGUAUGUAGACUGUGUGCUCUCAAGAUCCCAUGGAAUGGGCAGAAGACAAUUAACAUCUCCCAAAUAUUCUUCCACCUACUCACACAGAACUUUAGGAGGUAACUAUAGUUAUAGGAUAUGGUACUAAUAUUGAACUGAACCAAUGCUCCAUCCUCACCCUUCAUUGUUUAGACAGCUCAAUAUACUAAUUUCCAAUUUUCUGUCUCUACUUGUCGGAAGUGUUUGCAUCUUUCAAUGGUAGCUACUUUCACAAUACACGAGACGCUGGUAGUUAAGAGUACCACAUUUCUAUAUUUAACAAAGUGUAAAAAAUACUGGGUAUGCAUGUGGAAGUGUGUGGAAAUGGAUGCUGCAUUGUCUGUUUAUCACAGUGUGCAUAUCAAUGACAACACAUGGAUAAGUAAUUACAAUACUCAAAGUUUCCUGGUAUUAGGAGUUCAGACUCAGCAUUGGGGAUUCAUUGUUCUGCAGAAGGGAAGUUCAAACCCCUGAUGGUCUGAGUCCUAUUUUUCCCAGUAAAACUACUGACAUAUAAUGUGAUGUCAUGGUCACUGUGAAUCAUUAAACAGUGACAGGUUCGGGUCAUCAUGAUGUCUGAACUGAGAUCAUGUAGGUGACUUUACAUCUUACUAACCACUCCUAGAUCUGUUGACCUCAUUCCUCCUCAGCAAUAGGCUUUUUUCUGAUGUACCCUGUCAGAUGAUUCAGGUUCUUGGAAUGAACAUGAAGAAUAUUUAAUCAUAACAUUUCUAAUAUAUUGCUUGGACAAUAACUACCUGUUUUUCAUAAUCUUGCAGGGUCUGCUUUCACCAAUCCAUUUUAGGCCAAAAGGAGAGAAAAUGAAGAUACUUAAACAAGGCAACAUCAAAACGAAGGAGCACAAAAUCACAAUAUGUUUUGUAGAUAUUUGGAGAAAUCCCUUGGCAUGGUUCAACCCUUUUUUUUUCUUUUCUUUUUGUUUAAAGUACUUAAUCACUCCUAAACUGAUAAGUACAUGAACCCCCACACUGUCCCUUUGCUUUCCUGUCUUGCAGUCUACUAAGCUUGCCUUUUCCUCCCUCCAUGUGUGAAUGUGUUCUGAGUCAACACAUUUGUUUUCCCACAUAAACUUUAAAGUCUGGAUGUAUCAUAUUUUUG